GCAACACAGCUCACUCCUCCCCUAGUUAACGCAAAAAAAAUUCUCCAAAAUGCAAAACCACAACUUGUCAGUAUCUAAAACCCUAAACCCUACCCUCUCAACUACUCUUCAAUCACCAUCUCUCAUCCAAUUCUUCAACCCUCUUGUCAGAACACUACCCUUAAUUCCAUCCACCUCAAGAACUCCAAAACCCCUCACAAUCCAAUCCCACAACCAAAAACCCAAAAUUUUCCUGCAAAAUGACGUCACUUUCCGGCGAGAUAUACGAUCAUUUGCCGGCCGGAAAAAAGAAAAUUCCGGUGGUGGGCGUAUUGAAGGAAGCGCAGAGUUCCGGCGACAAGCUAAAAGAAAUGCUCGCCGGAAAAGCAAGAAAUUAGCUGAGAGUCUUUUUUAUAGGCUAAAGAAUCCUCAUGGAAACUACCCGGAUAAUUUUAGUGAAGAAGAGCUACAAAUGAUUGGUUUGGGGUAUGAUAGAAUGGUUAGGUUUAUGGAAAAAGAUGACCCAAAUCUCAAACACCCUUAUGAUUGGUAUAAGUAUGGUCAAUUUGGGCCAUAUUCUUGGCGUGGAGUUGUAUUAGGUGAGCCUAUUCGAGGGCGAUUUUCGGACGAAUGUGUAUCGAUGAUUGGUGAAGUUAAGGAUCAAGAAGAGUGGGAGAAAAUAGAGCAACAUGAAAUGGCUCAAGAAUUUCAGAAUAGAUUAGAUGCAAUGGAUAAAAAUGUGGGGUUUAGGUAUUUUUGGGUUUUUGUUAGGCAUCCUAAGUGGAGGAUAUCAGAUUUUCCAUGGCAACAAUGGACUUUAGUAUCUGAAGUUGUAGUUGAAGCUGGGAAUGAAAGGUUAGAUAAAUGGAAUUUGAUGGGGCGGCUCGGGAAUAAGGCUAGGUCUUUGAUCACACAGUGUGCAGCGUGGAUGAGACCUGAUAUUGUGUAUGUACAAAGGCCUGUGUAUCAGUGUAGGUUUGAGCCUCAAGAUGACUUUUUUAAGGCAUUAACGCCAUUGCUUGAUCCAGAAAGUGAAGAGGAUUUUAUGUUUGAAUUGGAGGAUGAUAAUGGGAGAGUGCAAUUGUGUACUUAUUUUGGUGGUUUGUGUAAGAUUGUGAGAGUGAAUCCUAAGGCAUUUGUGGAUGAUGUUGUAAAAGGUUAUGAGAAAUUGAGUGAUGAGAAGAAGUCCAAGUGUUUGAUGUUUUUGUUGGGCAAUCAUCCCGUGCAUUUGUUGCAUCCUUAUACGAAAGAGUGGAAGGCGAAGUUGGAGGAUAUGGAGAUGGGUUGUGAUGCACCAGAUGAUGAUGAUGAUUAUGGUAGUAAUAACAACGGAGAGACUGAGAUAGUUGACUGGAUUGAGGACGAUGAAGAUGGUGAAGAUGGAGACGAAGAUGAGGGUCAGUACGAUGUGGAUUUGGAUGCAAGUGGAGAUGAAGAUGAUGAGGAUGACGGUUCAAGUCAAGAAGAGGAUGCUAGAUUUUGGGAUGAUGAAUUUAAGAAGGCAUUGGGUAGCAACCAAGCGAUGGAGAAGUUUGCCAAGAAAUAUAUGGAGACGACUACGAAGUUUUAUGAAAAACAUAUAGAUGCAAUGGAAGAGAGGGAAAAAGAAGUGGAGGAGGAUGGUGGAGAUGAAUUGGCAAUGAGAGGUGUUAGAGCUAAGGUUAGCCCAACGGAGUGGGAGAAUUUUGGAUUUGGUCCUUUUAGAAGGAAACUUAAGAAAGGUAAAAUGCCUCCUGAGUUGUUCAUGAAAGCUGCAGUUAGACCAUUCACUUAUAAGAAUCUGGUAAAGGAAAUUGUGUUGACCAGACAUGCAAUACUAGAAGGCGAAAUUGGUCAGAAGAAAUGAGUUAGUUAUGUAGGACUAGAUAGAAAGAUUCCUUGUGCUAUAUUGGAUAAAGAAUGUAAUAUUGUAAUGUUACUCAGGGACAAGUGUUUUUUCUUGUAUAAUUUCAUUUGAGGUGGAAAGCGGACUCUGCAAUCACACAAAGAACAUCCUGCUAUGUAUUGGUAGUUGAUUGGAAUGUUGAUCCUCAGGUGUCUUCUGUACUGAAAACUGAUCAUGCCAAAUAAAUGAAAUGUCACUGUGAUGAGUUGGAAAGAAGAA